AGGUCACAAUAAAACUAAUGGAAGAAAAGUCAACAUCUGAAAUGUUUCAUGAAAGGUGUUGAGGAAUGGUAUACAAACAGCUUGUAUCUGGGAAAACAGGUAGAUUGACCAGGUGCUAUUAUCUUCUCCUAAUACUCAUCCUAGGUGAAAUAUCAGCUCAAGUUUAUCAUUAAUGGCCAUAAGAUGUUGUGAUAAGUUUACAUUGUAUAAGUCAAACACAACAUGAAAAAGGUUAGAAUACAAUGGCCAAGAUGUUGUGUUAAGGAUUUUCUGUACUGGUCAAGGGCUAAGGUCAAGCAUAUGUGGUCAGUGUUGUGAUAUGCUAUUGGGGGCUAUUUACUUAGAGCAAGGUGUUGGUGUUGUUUUGGUCACCACAAGUCCUCAAUAACAUCUGUCAGCAGGUUCUCAGACUCCUAGAUAUUGUUGUCCAAACACUGACCACCUACCAUAUAUAUACUGGCCAGAAUCAAGUCAAGUCAUUCAACAUUUUCCAUUCCUACUGGUUAGCAAAUUAGGGUAGAAUUACUGUAACAAGAUUAAGUCUUUUUUGACACUUGUACUAUCUGCUGGUUAAUUGUUUUGAGCAUCUGCUAUCACUGGUAUAUAGGACAGUGGUCAGUUUUGAGCUAUACCACAGGACAGUAGUUGUGUGAGAAGUAGUGUAGUUAGACAUUUGGUGAAUAUACUUUGACAUCAUGACUAGGACACUGGAUACAAGUAAUAUGACCAUUAAUUCUACAAGAAGAGGUCCAUUCCGUGCAACACAGAUAUGGAACGAGAUCAUUGAGCACCUGAAGACCAAGGUGGAGGUGAAGCGUCGCCGCUACAAGAUGCGCAACUACGACAACUGUUUCUGUGGGACGGAUGCUGUAGACGUUGUUUUACACUACCUUCUCGGCGAUCGCAACACCUUCAGCAGUGACCUGUCCAGGGAAAAAGCCAUCAAGCUCUGCCAGUCUCUCAUGGAUCGCAACGUCUUCAGCCCUGUCAGUUCACGAACCAGCGAGAUCAAGAAGACAUUUGAUGAUAGUCACAGCAAGUUGUAUCGGUUUGUUGGCCCUGACCUGGAGCAUGAGGAGGAGAAUCGUAUCGAGGAGUCUGAGGAGUCUGACGAGGACCAGAACUACUCCAUCGUGGUGGACUGCCGCAGCAAAAGCGACAACAUGAGAAUUGACCCCAGCAUUGAGCCCGACCUGAUGGAGGAUGGUGUCAUCUGUAACCCCAUAGCCGUCAACAAGAAAGGUCAGGUUCUCCAGGAGAUCAUGUCCCUCCAGGACUCGUACAGCCGUAGACGUAGUCGCAGCUCUCUGAAGUGUGCCAACACCUCCAUGUUGAUGCGUAGCAUGAAGGAGAAGCAUGAUGUAUCUCCUGAAGGUUUAGAGGAGCUUUGGAAAGAGGUUGCCCUGUGCCAGCUGUUGACCUUGAUCGACCUUCCGUUCCUUGAUGGCCUCCUAGUCGACGAGAAGCCCAGUAAGAAGUACAUCAAGCAGAACCUCAUCAUCUCCAAUGUGGUGGCCAAGCACUGGAACAUGCCCUCAUCGUCUACUGGCCAGGAUCCCUUCAUGUCUUCUGCCCUCAGCUGUAUCGAGUGUCUGCCGAAGGGGAUCAGUGUCUUAGAGAACAGCUUUGUCCGUGAUACUAACCCUGCUGCCAAACUACAGGCCUUCCACAUCAUCAGCGAGCACUACACCAGUCAGCUUGACGAGUCUCUACUCCCUGAGCGCUUCAUUGACCUUCACCUUGCUGUCCUCAACUUCAUCCUCCAGCAGGCAGACCAGAAGGCACUUGAGGCUCUUCAGCUCGACAUGAUCCUGUUGCCGUGGCACGUGAGAGAGGAACUGCAACGUCUCCUGCGAUUCAUGGCUGCCAUCAAGAACGAGUCCAUACAGAUUGAUGCUAAGGAUGACAAUGAGACCCUUCUCUUGAACAAGUUCACUGACAGCAUCAUGAAGCACAAGGUUGUGGCCCCCAAGCUUGCUCGCAUUCUCGUUGGGUUUAUGGUUGUUAAUGUGGAGGAAAUCUUCGUUAUCCCAAAGGAGAUCCGUGACCGUGUCAACUCCCGCAUCGACGAUCUCCGUACCGGAGAGGUCUCACCAGUUAGAGAAAACACCUACUGCCAGCAGGUUACACCCCAGGAGUAUGAGCAGCAGGCCACAGACUGUACUGCAGAAGCCCUAGUGUCCAUGGUUAAUGGUAUCCUUGACAACACAGACAUGACUCUGAAGGAGAAGAAACAGAAACUCCGGCAGUUCCAGAAACAUCAUCCCUCCCUCUACGAUGCUCACUUUUCCGGGAUGCUGUAGACAGACUUACAUUUGAUACUAGCAAAACAAGAUGGUGCUUAGAUAUACUUCCUAGUUGUGUGUGACACACCUCAACAUAAAGUGCAAUUAUUGUGUUAAAUAUGUGAUAUUUGUUAAUACUACCUAUACUAAAUGACUUUAUUUCUCGAUGGACAUAAGGAAAACUUAUAAAUCAGGCCAUUAUUCUGUUUAUGUGAUAAUCAACGGGUAUAACUUGAUGGACUGAGUGUCACUAUUAGCAGGUAUUACCUGAUGGAUCUAGUACGAGACCAUGGUACGCUGUCUCACAUAGAACGGUUCCAUUUACGGAAUGCAUAAUAUAUUAGUAUAAAAGUAACUUGAAAAGCUACUGUGUAGACACUAUUCCUCUCUAUAUCUACCUGUCACUGUUUCACAUUGAUAUUAUGUAUCAUGCCAUAUGUGAUAUUUAUACUAUUUGUACAGCAUUUCAAUUUGUACAUAGAAGAUGCCUUUAAAAGGCAUUGAAAUUUGUUGAUAUCCAAAGUAUUUAUUCACAAAAUAUAUUUAUUUGUAUAUAUUGUAUAUUAUUUGGUAUGAAUGAAAAAUAUGAAUGAAAAAUCAAAUGAAUAGUUUGAUUUAAAUGAGAGACAUCCAAUAAUGAGCGGUCAAAUGUUUAUUGUACCAUGAUAAUCUCACAGAAACUUCUGCCAACAUCCUUCUAGUGUUUUUUGAUACUCGAAGUGAGUGAUAUUAUGUAUGUCAGCUGAUUGAUGUAUGAGUGGAAUAUGUACAUAUCAAAUCAUGUUUUAUCUUGAUUAAAACAUCAAAAUUUG